CGUCCCGGAAGUGGCAUUUAGAGGAAGAAAGUACUAGGGCUGUUGGGGCUGAGGAAGUUUGGCAGGAUUCUAGGUGCGGCUCGUUAGGACUUUUUGUGAUGUGUAUUGAGCCGGAGGGACUGAGGUUUUUAGUCGCCUCUCCGUAGGGAGCUAGCUUCUCUCUGAACUGCCCCGCGUGUGGCGCAGGAUGAGCCGCGGGCCUCCUGGUAAGAGCUUAUCUGCGAAAGCCUACCGUCUUCGUCGGCGGCACCCUUAGUUAUGACAUGAGCUGAUGUUUUAGUGCCUUACCAUGGCCCAGCGGGCAGUGUGGCUUGUAAGCCACGAACCCGGAACUCCUCUUGGUGGCACUGUGAGAUUUUCCAGGCGGUAUCCAACUGUUGAAAAACGAGCCAGAAUCUUCAAUGGAGCAAGUUAUGUGCCUAUUCCCGAAGAUGGUCCCUUUCUUAAAGCAGUACUUUUUGAACUUAGAUUACUGGAUGAUGAUAAGGACUUCAUGGAGAGUCGUGAUAGUUGUUCACACAUCAAUAAAACAUCCAUCUAUGGACUCACUGUAGGAGGUGAAGAGCUCUGGCCAGUUGUUGCUUUUCUAAAGAAUAGCAUGAUAUAUGCUUGUGUUCCACUAGUUGAACAAACUCUCUCCCCUCAUCCACCGUUAAUUAACAUUAGUGGAAUUUCACAAGGCUUUGAACUGCUUUUUGGGAUACAAGAUUUUCUUUACUCGGGUCAAAAAAGUGACAGUGAGCUAAAUGCAAAAUUGAACCAGUUACCUGACUUACUUCUACAGGCAUGUCCAUUUGGCACUAUGUUAGAUGCCAACUUCCAGAAUUCAUUGGAUAAUAUUAACUUUGCUUCUGUGACUCACCCACAAAAACAGCCAGCCUGGAGAGCUGGAACGUACAAAGGAAAACCACAGGUUUCUAUUUCCAUCACAGAAAAGGUAAAAUCCAUGCAAUAUGAUAAGCAGGAUAUAGCAGAUACCUGGCAAGUUGUUGGAACAGUUACUUGCAAGUGUGAUUUGGAAGGAGUCAUGCCAAAUGUUACCAUCAGCUUGAGUCUCCCCACCAAUGGAUCUCCACUUCAAGAUAUUCUAGUUCAUCCUUGCGUGACUUCUCUUGACUCUGCCAUUCUUACUUCUAGUAGCAUUGAUGCAAUGGAUGAUUCUGCAUUUAGUGGGCCUUAUAAAUUUCCAUUCACUCCACCUUUAGAAUCAUUCAACUUGUGCCACUAUACUUCCCAGGUCCCUGUCCCACCAAUUUUGGGUUUUUAUCAAGUGAAAGAGGAAGAAGUACAACUAAAAAUAGCAAUUAAUUUAAAACUUCAUGAAAGUGUGAAAAAUAAUUUUGAAUUUUGUGAAGCUCAUAUACCCUUUUACAAUAGAGGUCCAAUUACACAUUUGGAAUACAAAAUUAGUUUUGGCCAGCUUGAAGUAUUUCGAGAGAAAAGCUUAUUAAUCUGGGUUAUUGGCCAGAAGUUUCCAAAAUCAAUGGAAAUCAAUCUUUCUGGAACUAUAACGUUUGGAACCAAGAAUCAAGAGAAGCAGCCAUUUGACCAGAUUUGUAUUGGAGGUACAGCAUAUUUAAAGCUUCAUUUUAAGAUCUUAGAUUACACACUCACUGGGUGUUAUGCGGAUCAGCAUUCAGUUCAAGUUUUUGCAUCAGGAAAACCAAAAAUAAGUACACACCGGAAACUAAUUUCUUCUGAUUAUUACAUCUGGAAUUCUAAAGCCCCUGCUCCAGUAACAUAUGGAUCAUUAUUACUAUAAUUUUCUCACAUUUAAAUGGAAUUUAUAUAGUGAAAACAUAGCUUCAUUGAAAUCAUAGCCUUAUUUUUAAUAAAUGCAUAUAACCAUUGAGUGGGAGGGAAAAAAAAUCAUCGGAUGACUUAAUUAUAAAAUCACUCUUGGGACCAGCAGUUGGCAUAAUGGCUAUAUCGCUGGACUCCCAUGUAGUCAACUGUGGUUCAAGUCCCGGACCUGGUGACUUAAACUCACACUGGGCGUGUGUACAUGC